UUGGUAUUGCAGUGGUGCGUGUGUGUGUGUGUGAUGUAGUUUUGAAUAAUUGUGAUUUGUUUGCAUACAAAGCGCCUAAUUGUUUACUAAACUAAAAGAAGUAAGCAUCGACAUAGUAGAAAUACACACACACACACACUAGUAGCGUAAUGUUCGAAGAUGCGCAUGCGCGGCCGCAGAUUGCUACCAAUUGUGUUAUCGCUAAUCGUCAUCAUUAUCUUGUGCAUCAGCUACAUAUCGAAUCAUUUGCAUCGUGAUGACGAUAAUGAUGAACAAGAUGAGUUCCUCGUUCAUCUGCCUCCCGCCCCCGCUACUGCCACAGCUGCAGAUGAAAAUAGAGUCAUCACCCCUUCUGCUCCUGGUGCACUGCUCAAUCUGAGCAACUUUGAGUAUCUGCUGGCCAGCGACGUUUGUCGUCGUGCCGAGCGAGAAUUGCUAGCCGUGCUCAUUGUCACCUCGUAUGCCGGACACGAUGCACUGCGUGCCGCUCACCGUCAGGCGAUUCCACAGAGCAAGCUGGCCGAGAUGGGAUUGCAGCGUGUCUUUCUGCUGGCAGCGCUGCCGCCGCGCGAAAAGUUUGUGACACAGCCGCAGCUGGCGUCGGAACAGACACGCUUCGGGGAUCUGCUGCAGGGCAACUUUGUGGAGGACUAUCGCAAUCUGAGCUACAAGCAUGUGAUGGGAUUGCGUUGGGCGGCCAACGAAUGCGGCAGCGGGCGCAGCAAGUUCAUCAUCAAGCUGGACGAUGACAUCAUCUACGAUGUGUUCCAUCUGCGACGCUACUUGGAAUCCCUAGAAGUGGAUGCCCCGGCGCUGGCCACAAGCAGCACUCUCCUGGCUGGCUAUGUGCUCGAUGCCAAGCCGCCCAUACGUAAUCAGGCCAACAAAUGGUAUGUGACCAAGCAGGAGUAUCCACAUGCCCUGUAUCCCGCCUAUCUGUCGGGUUGGCUCUACAUCACCAAUGGGGCAACGGCGGCGCGUCUUGUGGCGGAGGCGGAACGCGUGGCCAUCUUCUGGAUCGAUGACACUUGGCUGACGGGCGUGGUGCGCACUCGUCUAGGGAUUCCGCUCAAGCGGCACAAUGCUUGGUAUUCGGCCAAUGCCGAGUUCCUCGACUGUUGUGUGCGGGAUCUCAAGCAGCAUGGCUACGAGUGUGAAUACUUUGCCGGGCCCAAUGGUGGCGAUGCCAAGCUCCUGGUCGAGUUUCUGCACAAUGUCGAGAAGUGCUACUUUGAUGAGUGCAGCAAGCGGCCAGCGGGAAAAUCCCUCAAGGAGACGUGCCUAGCCAGCGUCAAGUCGCCAGCUCCCGAGCACGGUGUCGCCCAUGUAGAGCCGCUGAAGCUGAGAUGACCACCGAUCAAUAUUACUUAAGAGUACCGUCCACAAAAUACAACCGAGUCCAGCGCAAUACUAAUCUAUAACUAUACAAAUACAUAUAUAUACUCGUAUAUAUACUCACAUACACAGACUAAGAGAAUCGUAGGCUUAGGCAUAUUCCAUUGUGCAAGCUGAAGUCCAGCCAUAGUUUUAAGUUGCAAAUGUAAACCGUAAUUUAU